AUGGCUGAAGCGGCAAGCAGCGGAGCGGCGGCAGCAGCAGCUAGUGCUGCUGGACCAGCAGCCGGCAGUACAUCAGCAUCGGCCGCCAACAACAACGGCGUCGUCAACACGAACCCGAACGCAGAAGUCAUCCGCGGUCAGGUGUUUGAGGUUGGUCCUCGGUACACCAAUCUGGCCUACAUCGGCGAAGGAGCCUACGGAAUGGUUGUUUCUGCAACGGACACCGUCACAAAGACCAAAGUUGCCAUCAAAAAAAUAUCUCCCUUCGAGCAUCAAACCUACUGUCAGCGAACAUUGCGGGAAAUCAAAAUUCUUACCAGAUUCAAACAUGAAAAUAUAAUAGACAUAAGAGAUAUCCUCCGGGUGCCUAGUAUAGACCAGAUGAAAGAUGUAUAUAUUGUUCAGUGCUUAAUGGAGACUGAUCUAUACAAACUACUAAAAACACAGCGACUAAGUAAUGAUCAUAUCUGCUAUUUCCUGUAUCAAAUACUUCGUGGCCUGAAGUACAUUCACUCGGCAAAUGUGUUGCACAGGGAUCUGAAGCCCAGCAAUCUGCUGCUGAAUACAACUUGUGAUUUAAAGAUUUGUGAUUUCGGUCUUGCACGUGUAGCCGAUCCGGAGCACGAUCACACAGGCUUCUUGACGGAAUACGUCGCUACCAGAUGGUACCGGGCACCGGAAAUUAUGCUCAAUUCCAAGGGCUACACAAAAUCGAUCGACAUCUGGUCGGUCGGGUGCAUACUGGCGGAGAUGCUUAGUAAUCGGCCCAUCUUCCCCGGCAAGCACUAUCUCGAUCAGCUGAACCACAUUCUUGGCGUGCUCGGUUCACCGUCCCAGGAGGAUCUGGAAUGUAUCAUCAACGAGAAGGCACGCAGCUACCUGCAGUCGCUGCCGUACAAACCGAAGGUCCCAUGGUCCCGGCUGUUCCCGAACGCGGACCUUAAUGCGCUCGAUCUGCUCGGUAAAAUGCUAACGUUCAAUCCACACAAUCGCAUCUCGGUAGAGGAUGCUCUAGCCCAUCCCUAUCUGGAGCAGUACUACGAUCCAGACGAUGAGCCCGUUGCCGAGGAACCGUUCCGUAUCGCGAUGGAGCUGGACGAUCUGCCGAAGGAAACGCUGAAACGAUUAAUCUUCGACGAAACGCUACGCUUCAACCACAACGAUAACAACCUUCCGGGCGGUAUGUAAGCGCGGC